AUGAAUGCAGAAGAACAAAAGGCAGUGUUUGGAGUGCCUCUACAAAUUGCUGUUGAAAGAAAUCCAAGUCAUGAUGGUGUACAGCUGCCUGCUGUUGUCAGGGAAUGCAUUGAUUAUAUCUCGGAAUAUGGAUUGGCGUGUGAAGGCAUAUAUCGAGUCUCAGGUGUGAAGUCAAAGGUGAACCAUUUGAGAGAUCUUUACAACAUCGGAUCAACUGUGUACCUCGUUGAUCAUGAACCGAAUGUUGUUGCUAGCCUCUUAAAACUAUUUCUCCGUGAAAUUCCAGAGCCUAUUUUGACCUCAAAAUUGAUGCCAAAAUUUGAACAGGCUUCAGUUACGAAGAAUGCAAAUCAGCAACUUGAACUGAUGCAGAAUCUGAUUAGAGAACUUCCAGUAGCAAACAGGACCUUGUUAUCAUGGGUCAUCGUCCAUAUGUCCCAAGUUAUUGAAAAGGAAAAGUUUAAUAAGAUGAGUUUGCAAAACAUUUCAAUAGUCCUAAGUCCCACAAUGAAAAUCAGUCACAGAGUUCUCAAUGUUCUUUUUACUUAUUCAUCUGUUCUCUUCAAGGACACUGUCAUCAAAAAAUACGUUCCUCCUCUGAAACCUGCCACUUCAAGAUGGACUCUAGAACUACCUGAAUGUUCAUCGGCAAUCGAAGAAGAACUGAAGAAGCAGGAAUCACUACUGAAUCACCUGCAUGAAGACCUUAUGAAGGUGAAGAACAUUAAAAAAGAGGAAGAGUUAUGGGAAGUGCAAAGAGUGGUCACCCAACUCAAAAGAAAAGUAAAAUAUAUUUAA